ACAGCCUAUCCUGCGGUUCUUCUUACUCUACGUUCAUCAAAGCGAGGCGCAUUAAACAUGUCGUGCAAUAAAGAUGGUAGAUAAAUGUUAUGAAAUGCAGCUUACUGUUGAUUGAUCGAGAACUUGAACAUGAAUUUACUGUUAAAGAAGCCGAGUAGUUUGGUUGUGCAUUUGAAAUGGAUAAGUGAUCCUUAUCGCUAUCACUUUUUAGCAAAAAAUUGCUUGUAUAACUUGCUACUUAGUCGAUCAUGUCGUCGGAAGACCCAUGGAUGGAAAUUGGCUCAAAAAUUUAACGACUUGUCAGAAAGUAGAAAACCGUUUCUCAACUGUGCCAGGACUUGCAGAAUGGGUACAAAUCUAGAGUUCAAAACCGUUAGAGGCAGAUCAAAAAGAUAUCAUAGAAAUGAGGUUAGAUUUUCAUCACAGAUGGUAUUAGCAAGUUCUCCAAAGGGAGAAGAGGAAGAACAAUCUUCUCACAACAGUCAAAGCAAAGACCAGCAGCGCUCUCCAGAUGAAGACCCCAGUCCAUUCAAUUGGGGACGACUGCUGAUUUUAGGUGGAGUUGUGGCCCUUUACAUAUUUACAGCAUCAAUAGAUCCAGUACCAGAAAGCUCUUGGUCAGUGUUUUAUAGAGAAAUGCUUUCAACUGGAGAGGUCCAAAAACUUGAAGUUGCCUCAUCUGGAGAGAAGGUGUUUGUUUACUUGCAAAAUGGUGCCAUUGUAUCAGGGAGAGAGAUAUUUGGGCCGGGGCCGCAUUAUUCAUUCAGCGUUUCUAGCACUGAUAGUUUUGAAGAAAAAUUUGAAGAUGUACAGAAGGAGCUUGGAAUUGAUCCAAAAGAUUACAUUCCAGUUGUGUAUCAGAGAGAAAACGAAUUGUUCAAUACGGUGUUGGUUACUGCGGCAACUUUGGCAAUUAUGGGAGGGCUCCUCUAUUUCCUUCUUGGAAGAGGAUCAGCUUCAGCUGGAAGAUCCGGUAUCUCUGGCAACCCGUUUGGAUCUUAUAUAAAAGCAAAAGCAACUGUGAUCGAGCCUGGAACAAAAAAGGAUCUUGGAUUCAAAGAUGUAGCAGGAAUGAAUGAAGCGAAGGAAGAAAUUAUGGAGUUUGUCGACUACCUCAAAAAUCCAAAAAGAUUCACUGAUCUAGGCGCGAAAAUUCCUAAGGGAGCUCUACUUGUUGGUCCGCCUGGAACGGGUAAAACUUUGCUUGCAAAGGCCGUUGCGACGGAAGCCGCCGUUCCAUUUAUUACAAUGGCGGGGUCAGAUUUUGUGGAGAUGUUUGCAGGGGUAGGAUCAGCGAGAGUCAGGGACCUGUUCGCCCAGGCGAGAAAACGACCAGCAUGCAUUGUAUAUAUUGAUGAAAUUGAUGCGAUUGGCAAAUCAAGAAGAUCAACGAUCAAUACCGGAGGCAACAGCGAACAAGAGAAUACAUUAAACCAGUUGCUUGUUGAAAUGGAUGGUAUCAACACAACGGAGGGCGUUGUCAUACUAGCUUCUACAAACCGACCUGAUAUCCUCGACCAGGCACUGCUUCGGCCGGGAAGAUUUGAUCGACUCAUAAAUAUUGAUUUACCAACAUUGCCAGAAAGGAAGGACAUUUUCAAAUUAUACUUAAAAAAGCUAAGAUUGGAGAAGCCAACUUCAUGUUAUGCCAAACGCCUUGCCGAGCUCACGCCUGGCAAAAGUGGUGCAGACAUUGCUAACAUUUGCAACGAGGCUGCCCUUCACGCUGCGAGAUUUAAUAAGAAAAACAUUUCACAAACAAACUUUGAUUAUGCAGUUGAGAGAAUAAUAGCAGGAAUGGAAAAAAAGAGUAACCCAGUAUCACCUGAAGAGAGGAAAAUAAUUGCGUAUCAUGAAGCAGGACACGCUGUUGUUGGCUGGAUGCUGAAACAUACAGAGCCAAUUUUAAAGGUAUCAGUCGCUCCAAGGACUAACUCAGUGCUUGGAUAUACGCAGCACCUACCCCUUGAUAUCAAGCUAUUCACAACUGAACAGCUUUUUGAUCGCAUGUGCAUGGCUUUGGGAGGGCGCGUCGCUGAAGCAUUGACCUUUCAAAGAAUUACUACUGGGGCCGAAGAUGAUUUACGAAAGGUCACUGAAAUGGCUUAUAAACAGAUUGUCACCUUUGGCAUGAAUUCUCGCAUUGGUCCUAUAUCUUUUCCAUUGAAGAAGAAUACAGAUUACGGAAAAAAGCCAUACAGCGAUAAGUUGGCCAGAAUGAUAGACGAGGAGGCCAGUUCGUUGGUCAAAGUGGCCUACGAGAAGACAGAAGAAAUAAUCAAGAGAAACGAAGAGAUGCUUGAAGAGCUUGCUGCAAAACUCCUGAGCAAGGAAAUCCUCAACUAUGACGAUUUAGUAGCCAUACUUGGGGAAUCACCUCAUGGUGAUAAAAGAGAGACAUUUGCGAACAAACUCAGCCAGGAUGAUGCAAAGAACUGAAAUAACAACUUUAUACUAAAAAUUGUAGUUUAAUGGAGACUAUGUAGGGCCCGCGCCACCAGUUCUAAAUCUGAGAGCAAGCAAUGUUAUGAAAUUGUCCUCUUAACCUCUUUAGUCCCCGUUGUAGUAAAAUUUUUGCUGACACUGUUUACGUGUGGAUUUUGAUGAACAUUUGCGCUGAUUUAAAUCUUUCAUUCAAAUCUUAAAUGUUGCAUUUGCACUCCUUGCCCCAACCGAGUGACGCGGGUUCUGCUUUGGCGA